AUGUUAACACGGAAAAUACCCAGGACUACCACUUCCACUGCCGGGUACAAUGCACUGCCAGAGAAAACCAGUUCAAUCGUCUCUGAACGGCAGACAGGAGAAAGGGGUUGCCCCGUCAUGUCUAACCACCGGCCGAAGGGCUGCGCCCACCGUCUGGACACGCCGACAGCAAGGGCAACACUGGGAGCAGGUCGCUUCCACACCUUCACCCGACGCUGGCCAGCCAACCAAUCCCAUAUUACAGGAUUUGGUAGUCCUGUGAACACCAUAAGUAGUCCUGUGAACACCAUAAGUAGUCCUGUGAACACCAUAAGUAGUCUUGUGAGCACCAUAAGUAGUCUUGUGAACACCAUAAGUAGUCUUGUGAACACCAUAAGUAGUCCUGUGAACACCAUAAGUAGUCCUGUGAACACCAUAAGUAGUCCUGUGAACACCAUAAGUAGUCCUGUGAACACCAUAAGUAGUCCUGUGAACACCAUAAGUAGUCCUGUGAACACCAUAAGUAGUCUUGUGAGCACCAUAAGUAGUCCUGUGAACACCAUAAGUAGUCUUGUGAGCACCAUAAGUAGUCCUGUGAACACCAUAAGUAGUACUGUGAACACCAUAAGUAGUCCUGUGAACACCAUAAGUAGUCCUGUGAACACCAUAAGUAGUCCUAUGAUCACAUAA